CAGCGAAUUGGAUCUCAGACAAACGCCGGCCAGCUGCACUGUCCAAAAAGUCGUGAACAAGGCUGCAAAAACAAGGAAAAAAAAAACAAAAUGCCCAAGUAGAAUAGGUUACACGAUGCUGUUUGCGACCUCCGUGGCGUAUGAGUGAUAUUAAGUGAAGGCGUAUGAGUGAUGCUCAGACUCAACUAAAUGCUUUUUCCUGGAAAAAAUGUUCUCCUUCGGUUGACUCGUCGGUCGUUUUUCGCAGCGCGUGUGUUUAAUUAUAAAGCCGCAUGCGGAGGAUUAUGCCACUGGCAAUAAUAACAACGGGAAUAAUAACAAUGCAAAUUAAUUAAAUAUCGUGCAAUCUGCAUGUUGGUAUCAAUGUUGUGCUCUCUUUAAUUAGUUUAAUAUAUAAGAGACAAAAAAAAAACAUUAAAUGCUCUCAUUCCAUUUACGAAAUCCUUAAAAAAAACAAACAGCCGGCUUUGCCAAGUUUUCAAAAAGUUGAUUCGGAAGCCGACUGCCGUUCAAUCAUCGGCCAACAACAUUGCGGAGGGAAUCGAAGUCAUAUAAAAUACAUAGCAGCAAAGUGGAAGAAUUGUGGAAAACAGGAAAUGAAUAUGCAAAAAAGGCAGAAGGGAUAUGAAAAAUGCAAAUAGCCAAAUCGAGUUCAAUGAGAAAUGCAGCUAACCCGAACGUAUUUACACAGUUUCCUAUGCAAGGCAUUCAGGUGGUUCGGGCAAUGGCACACAGGUCCGAAUACAAAUGCGACUCACUGUCCAGAUUGCUAAUUGUGGCUGACUGGUAAACCGAAGAAAGCAGGAGCGCCGAAUGAAAAAUGCAUUAAAUGCAACCGCAAAAUAGAGUAAAAAGUAAAACCAAUCAAGCGUCGAAACAGAGGAAAUUGCACACACUGAGCGCAAAGCAAAACAAAAGGAUGACAAAACCAGUUAGCGAAUGUAAAAAUUGAUUUUUGCGGUCUGGAUAGCGGAUAUUGCUCAUAUAUGACUGUAAUUCGCUUGCGAAGGCCAAAGCGACAUUAAACAUUAUUUGAUUCAUAAAUAAACAAUUAUAUUUGCGGGCAAAGGGAAAACAAAAUGCGAAGACUCUUCAUCAUCACCGCUGUUUACAUUGCCAGCCUACCAGGUCUCACUGUGGGACUGCGCGACGUCAACGUUCGCAUCCCGUCCGCCGUAAAGCGCGGCGAUAAUGCGCUCUUAAUCUGCAAUUAUGACAUCGAGAACGACACGCUGUACACGGUGAAGUGGUACCGCGGCAGGCGGGAGUUCUAUCGCUACACGCCAAAGGAGAAUCCGGCCUGGAAGAUAUUUACCAAAACGAACGAAAUCGAUGUCGAGACUACCCAAUCGAAUGCCAGUCAUGUUCUGUUGCGAAAUGUACCCACCUCAAUUUCGGGCAAGUUUGCCUGCGAAGUGUCCGCGGAUGCACCCACCUUCGAUACUUCCAUUGUGGCUGCCGACAUGGAGGUGGUUGAAUUGCCCACUCAACGACCCAUAAUUACGGGCAUCCAUUCGAGAUACCGUCUGGGCGAUGUUGUGAAUGGCAACUGCUCAUCGGAUUACUCCAAGCCGGCGGCGAAUCUCACCUGGUGGGUCAACGACAUCCAGGUGCCUCCCAAUUAUCUCCGCAUCUACGAGGUUCAGCGGCAUUUGGCCGAACAUCUGGAGUCAGCAGUUCUGGAGAUCAAUUUCGUGGUGACUACGCACCACUUCAUCAAGGGUCGCUUGAAGCUAAAAUGUUCGGCUCGAAUACACGAAAUUUACGCCCAGGAGAGCGAGAAACUGAUCGAGGAGGAUAAGCCCAGGAUUAUGGCCUCGGGCAGAUCGCCCGACAUGAAUAUGUAUCCUUUCGAUCAGGCCGGCGAUGUGGAUGAGCAUAACGAACUGUAUUUGAUUCAUGCAAAUACCGCUGCCGGACUAUUUGCCUGGAAUCCCACCCCGUUGGUGCUUCUGCUUCUGCUCCUGCGGCCAAGUGUUUGGGCUUUGGGGAACCUGUUGGAGGUCCUGGAUUUCGACAGGGCGGAGCGGUGAUAAGCCAAACCCCUGGCAGGAGAGAUGGACUUCAGGCGGGACUUUGGACAGAAGGAGAGGAGAACCCCUGCGCGGGCUCGACAAUUAUGGAACCCAUAUUUAGCGAAUCGAAUAGCAAAUCAACAGUGAAGGAGGUCCUCAGCAUACCGAAAAUACCUACUCACAUAUACCUAUACCUAUACCUAUACCUAUUUUAAGGACGUAACUGUAAAGACAAACGCAUUUCUAUCCCCCCAAGUCAAGUGUAAAUAGGCAUCGCAUACUCACCACACAAAAACUAUAUAUAUACCUACUCUCUAAGCGGGAUUCUAAAUGUUUGCUUUCGUUGGGUUUUGUCGAGGAUUUAUUGUUAAGAUUGUGGUUUCUAGGCAGAUUCACUGUUCUGUUCGUCUGUGUCUGUUUGAAAAACUGUACAACUAAAAUGUUUAGCUAUAGCGAUAAUUUUAGUACGAACCUAAGUUAAAAAGUGUGCGUAUGAAAUAUUGAUGGAAGCCAAAUAAAGAUGGUUUU